GUAUUUAUCUGCUUAUGACUCGUCAAAUAUACGCUUGACUUGCGUUGUCAUUCCUUGCUCGUACCAAAGGCAUGUAUUGCUUGUCGACAACAGUUGAAGGUUUGAGAGGUGGUCGAAUCGAGAAACAGGAUAUAUGGCAUCCAGUAUAGGUGCUUAGUAUUGUUCCCCUGUUGUUCUCCACUACAACUGUAGUAACCCUUUGUCGGAAAUUUAGAGAAUGACCCGGUCCGACAUAUUGUGCAUUAUCAAAACAACGCGGCAAGAGAGAGACUUCAAUGUCUGCCCGAUUAACCCCACAUCCUCGGUCCUGCUCUCUCGAUUCAAAGCGAUACAACCUCGGCUACCCUAGAUUACAAUAUCUUUCGUCCUUCUCACAAUCAACACUAUACAAUGAUAUUGGACUAUCCCGCGAAAUUGUCAAGUUCCGAUUUGAAUAUCUAAUUUGGUUUGAUUGUUAAAAGCAACAGAAAGCAAUGGACAAAGUGGAUAAUAUCCUAGACCAGUUCACAGACCCCUUGACUGGGUCAGUGCAUGGCGCCGUUUUCAUCGCAAUUAACAGUUCAGGUACUGCGCUCUUUGGAUCUACGGCACCUGCUUUGCAAACUAAUUCCCUGUACUGGAUUGCUUCCAUGACAAAGCUUGUGACCGCAGUGGCUGUAAUGCAGCUUGUGGAGCGAGGCAUUGUAUCUCUUGAAGACGACGUGCGGGCAAUAGUCCCCGAGCUCCGAGAUAUACAAAUAGUAGAAGACAUCAGGAACGAGUUGAACCAGCUGCAUCUGAAACCCGUUCAAGGAAAGAUAACUCUCCGGAAUCUCCUGUGCCAUACAGCUGGCUAUGUAUAUGACAGUUCGUCACCACUUCUACAAAAAUGGUCUAAAUCCCAGGGCCGAACAGCGUACACCUUUUGUGGCAGCAUGGCCGGCUACCAACACCCCCUACUUUUUGAGCCAGACACCUCCUGGGGAUACGGGGCUGGUUUAGAUUGGGCUGGUCGAGUGAUUGAAUGCCUGACAGAUUCCACCCUCGAGGAUUACAUGCAGACGCAUAUCUGGUCUAAGCUUGGAGCCAGAUCAACCACAUUCCACCCAGAACUGUACCGCGAGACUCUGCCCCAACAAAUGGGAAUGGGAUAUCGUGUGAGCGUCGGCCAGGGCACCAAGUCUCUGAAGUCGGGGCCUGUUAUCCUGAAACAGCCAGCGCAAGAUGAUCUCGGGGGUAUUGGGCUCUUCAGCACGCCGAUGGAUUUUGUCAAAUUACUAUCUGCGCUUCUAGGCGGUGGAUAUCCACUGCUCACCCGGGAAAGCGUCGAUAUUCUACUACAGCCACAGCUCAGUGAUGCUUCUCGGGAAGCAAUGCCACGACCACUCGGGGCUCAAAUGAGACGGGUGUUGGGGAUUAAAGACGCUAGUGACACCCAGCAGGCGGAUCAUUCUCUCGCUGGGACUGUUACAUUGAAGGAUAUUGCUGGUCGGAGGCGCGCAGGUACGGUUAACUGGAGUGGGCUGCCGAAUUUGCAUUGGUGGAUCGAUCGGCGAACGGGCAUCGCAGCUACGUUAUUUACGCAAGUUAUGCCACUGGGAGAUGCUGCUAUCACUAGCCUUCUUCUUGAUCUAGAAAAGAGCCUUUAUGCAGCGUUGGAAGAGAGUGCAGCCCCUAUGAAAGUUGACGUGAAGCUAUAGAAAAUGGGCGUCUCGGAUGGAUCUUUUGUUCGUUGGAAUACACCAAUUGUUCUACAUUCUCUGUAACCAUAUGACGCUGUGCAAGAAAUGAGAAAACAUACGUUUCUCCAAAGUUUCGACUAGGGCUAAAUUUUCAUUUUGACCGUCUUCUCUGCCGUAUGGCGGACUAAAUGGACCAAAUGGUCAAAAUGAUUCGAUUUUCUAACCACGCAGGCCAUUGUUUAUUUUCACGUAGUGCUAUUAAAUAUACCUAUUAAGAGAUUCAA